GCUGUUCCCGGGCUGUUCCCGAGCAGGCCCUGCCGCGCCUCGGGGCUGCCAUGCCGGUGGUGGCCGCCGCCCCCCUGAUCAGCUCCGUGCAGAAGCUGGUGCUGUACGAGACCAGGGCUCGGUAUUUUCUAGUUGGAAGUAAUCCUGCAGAAACCAAAUACCGUGUUUUGAAAAUAGAUCGCACUGAACCAAAGGAUUUGGUUAUAAUUGAUGAUAAGCAUGUUUAUACACAACAAGAGGUGAGGGAACUUCUUGGUCGCUUAGACCUGGGAAACAGAACAAAGAUGGGACAGAAGGGUUCUUCUGGGUUAUCUCGAGCUGUCUCUGCUUUUGGUAUAGUAGGGACAGAUCUACGAAAUAGCCAGACUCUAGAAACUUGGGUGAAGAUCGUGCCAAACUCAGCUGAUCUUGGAAUACAAAUCAUGUAUAUUGGAGGUCAUGCAAUAUAUAAAAUAGAGGAUACAAAUAUGAUCUACAUUCCAAAUGACUCUGUAAGAGUUAGUCAUCCUGAUGAGGCCAGGUAUCUGAGAAUCUUUCAAAAUGUGGACCUUUCUAGCAACUUCUAUUUUAGUUACAGCUAUGAUCUAUCUCACUCCCUUCAGUAUAAUCUUACUGUCCUGAGAAUGCCACUUGAGACAUUAAAAACUGAAACAACCCAAACCCGACAAGAGAGUUUUGAUAUAUUUGAAGAUGAAGGACUUUCAACACAGGGGGGAAGGGGUGUAUUUGGGAUUUGCAGUAAGCCUUAUGAAAAGUACGUGUGGAAUGCCAAGCUUCUGGAAGCAGUAAGAACUGCUGUUCAUCGUGAUUGGCUGCUAUAUAUUAUUCAUGGAUUCUGUGGACAAUCAAAAUUGUUAAUAUAUGGCCGCCCUAUAUAUGUCACUCUGAUAGCCAGAAGAUCAAGCAAAUUUGCUGGAACACGUUUUCUAAAACGAGGAGCAAACUGUGAGGGAGAUGUUGCUAAUGAAGUGGAAACUGAACAAAUACUUUAUGAUGCUUCAGUUAUGUCAUUUUCUGCGGGGAGUUAUUCUUCCUAUGUUCAGGUUCGAGGGUCUGUCCCUCUGUACUGGUCUCAAGAUAUUUCAACUAUGAUGCCUAAGCCACCCAUAACACUGGACCAAGCAGAUCCUUAUGCACACGUUGCUGCUCUUCACUUUGAUCAAAUGCUUCAGAGAUUUGGCUCUCCCAUUAUUAUCUUGAAUCUUGUGAAGGAACGUGAAAAAAGAAAGCAUGAAAGGAUUCUCAGUGAAGAACUUGUUGCUGCUGUGACAUAUCUCAACCAGUUCUUACCCCCAGAGCAUGCAAUUAUAUAUAUACCCUGGGAUAUGGCCAAAUACACUAAAAGCAAACUUUGCAAUGUCCUUGACAGACUGAAUGUGAUUGCAGAAAGUGUAGUAAAGAAGACUGGAUUUUUUGUAAAUCGACCUGAUUCCUACUGCAGUAUCUUGCGUCCAGAUGAAAAGUGGAAUGAACUGGGAGGUUGUGUUGUUUCCACUGGUCGCUUGCAGACUGGAGUCCUCCGAACCAACUGUGUGGACUGUUUAGAUCGCACUAACACAGCCCAGUUUAUGGUGGGGAAAUGUGCUUUGGCCUACCAGUUGUAUUCAUUGGGAUUGAUUGAUAAACCAAACUUACAAUUUGAUACAGAUGCUGUAAGAUUAUUUGAAGAAUUAUAUGAAGAUCAUGGAGACACGCUUUCUCUGCAGUAUGGAGGCUCUCAGCUUGUCCACAGAGUGAAAACAUACAGAAAGAUUGCUCCAUGGACUCAGCAUUCCAAAGAUAUUAUGCAAACACUCUCAAGAUACUAUAGUAAUGCUUUCUCAGAUGCGGACAGGCAAGAUUCUAUCAAUCUCUUUCUGGGAGUGUUUAAGCCUGCAGAAGGAAAGCCACAUCUCUGGGAACUUCCCACUGAUUUUUAUUUGCAUCACAAGAACACCCUCAGUCUGUCACAGGCAAGGCAAAGCUAUACUUACUGGUGGACCACAGGUGUGCUAAAGCAUUUACCUCUUCCUUUUGAUGAAGUGACGUGUGCUGAAAACAGACGCAAGUUGACAGUGAAGAAAUUCCACAAAUACGAAGAGGAAAUUGAUAUCCACAAUGAGUUUUUUAGGCCAUAUGAGUUGAGCAGUUUUGAUGAGACCUUCUGCUUGGCAAUGACCAAUUCUACACGAGAUUUUAUGCCUAAGCACACUGCCUUUCCUAAUAGGAACAAAAAUAAUAGAGAAGAAACUGUGCUGCAGCGCAAAACAGCUGCUAGUGCUCCUCCACCCCCAAGUGAGGAAGCAGUGUCAAGUAGCUCUGAAGAUGAUUCUGGGACUGAUAAAGAAGAUGAGGGUGCUGUUUCUCAGCGUUCAACUCCAGUAAAGGUGACUGAUACAGGAGACAAUACAAAAAUUGCAGAGAAUGUAGUGCAAUCAACAAAAGAUGUGUAUGGAGUCAAUCUUUCAGAUAUCCCUUCAGAAGAUGAUCUUGCAAUAUAUGCAAGGUUUGUUCAGCUGGGACAGAGCCAGCAUAAACAAGACAAGGGCAGCCAGCAAUUUUGUUCAAAACACCUCUUGGAUAAGGUCAUAAAUUUAAUACCCAUCUCCUCCUUUUCUCAAGACAAUAUUUAUGAAGUCCAGCCUCCAAGAGCUGAUAGGAAAUCGAUAGAGAUUUUCCAUGCACACAUUCAGGCUGGAAGAGGAAACAUGCAGCUUCUGGGAAGAGAUGAUUUCCUCAUGUACAGAGAGUACAUUCGAAACAGAUACAUGUAAAUCCAAGCCGGAUUCUCCUGCCAAAUCUACUGUACUGAUAAGUCCCAAAAAUAAUUUUAGAAAGGAAAUCUAGUUUUGUUCUUUUGCAGUAAUGAAUUUAUUACUAACUUUUCUAUUUAUUAUUCUUUACUGCUACCCAUUUAUUGUAUUGUUCUUUAGGGGAAAAGGUGGUUUAAUAUCUGAUUUAAAAGGUUAUUUAAUAUCUUUUUAGCUGAAAGUGUAUCCUAAGAGACUAAGUGAAUAAUCAGAGCUGCCAGAGCUACUAGAGAGUAUGUAGCUAUUUGUGGUAAAGAAAAUAUGGCGUCUUUAGUUUUUUUAUGUUUAUUUCUUACAUUGUUAUGUUUGAUAAUAAAACUGAAGUGAUUUGUACACAAGAAUCAGAAGAUAAUAGUUUUCUUCCCCUUUCUUUCGUGAUAGAAAACAAUCUUCUUUUACAGCAGAAUAUUUUCUGAUAUUUCUUGAGGUUUUUAGAAAAGUGAGUGCUAGAAUGACUGCUUGCAAAUUUCUGCCUUUUUAAGCAAAAGUGAAAAAUAUGUGACUUAUGUCAAAAUCAAAAUUUGCAUCAACACUAAUAAACUUUGUAACCCUAAUAUGUGUCAAAACUAAUCUCGCUGGUGCUGGUAGCUACAGAAUGUGUACCACAUGCUGCAGGGUGAAGAUGGCUUGUGGCUAAUUACCACAGGUUUCUAGCAGGAGUCUGAAGAGAACCCCAUAACAACUACAAAUGAGGGAAUGCUCUUCACAUUACUGGCUUUGGACACCUAGAGAGUGCCAAACCAUCCUGUCAUUUUUCUUUAUGGCAGGCAUUAUCCUUUUGAAGCAUACUCUUCCCAUCCCUGUGUUUGUGCUCCUGUGAGGUGCCUUGGAGUUGAAGCCUAGAGUCUCUGGGUAAAGUGGUGUUGGUAAGUGACCUGAUCAGCUGGAAUGGUCAUGCAAGAGCAAGCAGUAGUUGGGUUAGGCAAGACUGCACAUCAUGUCUUUUGCUUGCUAAGAGGUAAAGAGGCAGCAGGUGUCUAAAUAGAUUCUUUUGGGCUUUUGAGUAAAACAUUUUCAAAUUAAAAAAAAAAAUAAGGGAGGAAUCCUACUAUUUGCAAUUGCAAGCUUAAAUUCCCAACACUUUGUAGCCCUUUACCUUGAAGAAUACUGACAGUAUCAGCAGCACUACUGACAAAAAACAUUUUGUUCCACAAGCUUGUACAGACCAUCUUUCAGAAUUUUCUGGAAUAGCAGAAUAACUGUUUUAGGGAUGCAGCCAACUGCAUGUAACAGAUGUAGAGAACAUGUUUGUGUUCACAGUAAAUUCCUUUUCAGGCAGCUACUGUAGAUUUGUGGCUACUCGUUGCAAACAUGUUUGCAUAUAUUUGAAUAUUUUAUGCAGUAAGUUGUACCUCUGUUAGCAAUUCAAUGUACGAAAAGAUGCAGUGGGUAAAGGGAAGAAAGGUUUCAUGUGGUACAAGUUUGCGUGUCUCAGGGAAAGACUUGCAUACAGUCAAUGAGAACACAGUACCUCGUAGAAGCAUUUUGGUGUUCAUUCUUUUUUCUUAAUUGUUUUGAGCCAAAUGGUUGUAUUUUAGGAGAUGCAAGAAUUAAUUGUCAUUUUACAUUACUUCAUUGCAAUUGUUAAUGUUUUUUUCCACAGAAAAAAUAAACCUAUACUGAAUUAUUUUGCCCAAUAUGAAAAUAAUUAGAAGGAAUAAAUACUUGCUUUGAAAAAAUGUA